UUUUUUUUUUUCCGCCGAAGCUGAGCGGGUGCUGCUAGCGGAGGCGCCAUAUUGGAAGGGACAAAACUCCGGCGACAGCGAGUGACACAAAUAAACCCCUGGACCCCCUCGUUCCCCCAGCUCUAAGGGCCGCGAUGUUGUACCUAGAGGACUAUCUGGAAAUGAUUGAACAGCUUCCAAUGGACCUGCGGGACCGCUUCACUGAGAUGCGCGAGAUGGACCUGCAGGUGCAGAAUGCAAUGGAUCAACUAGAACAAAGAGUCAGUGAAUUCUUUAUGAAUGCAAAGAAAAAUAAACCGGAGUGGAGAGAAGAACAAAUGGCAUCCAUCAAAAAAGAUUACUAUAAAGCUUUGGAAGAUGCAGAUGAGAAGGUACAGUUGGCAAACCAGAUAUAUGACUUGUAGCAGCACUUGUGAAAGAUUGAAAUCACUAAGAAGACAGAAGCAGUAUUUCUCAAACUGGUAUAAUUAUGGUGCUCUCUUUUAUGUUAAGCAGCUUCUAAAAUACAUCCUUUAGGAAAUACUCAUUUCUGGUUCUGCCUCAAAGCAAAUUGAAGCUAAAAAGAAAUAAGUGGUCACUUACGGUCUCCUUUAGCAUAUAGAUUUCACAUCAUAUUUUUGUAAUCUUACCUGGAUGCCAUCUUAUUACUGAACAAGUGUAUGUAAACGUCAAUGUUGUUGGUGAGCAAGACACAAGAUAAAAGGUACAUACCACACAUGGUGCACAUUGUAAAUGUUUAUGCAAAACUAGCAGACGUUUGUCCUGUGAAGCUAUAGAAAAUGUUUCGUUGUUCUCAUAUAGUAGAAAGUUGUACUGGUGUAAAUAACCUAGGCUCUUUUGUUCAUACAGUUCUGAAAAUAAUUCUGAAAAUAAUUUCAUGAAAGAUAUACUGUCUAAAGAAAGGUAGAACAAAUGGUAGCUUGAUUUACUGUGGAAUUGAAAAAAAAAAGGUUCUUAAUUGUUUUGGUCUUGAAUUAUAUACAUAUAGACAUAGAAAAAGGCAUUUAUAUUUGAAUCCAAGAGGAAGUUGUUUAGUAACAUCGUCCUCAUAUUUAAUGAUUAUACGUGUCAGUCUUUAUUUAGAGACUACCUUCUUUUUAAAUCAUAUAGAUCUUUGGCUGUAUUCUUGGUUUAUAUUUUGCUCUUUUAGUACUUUUUGUAUGUUUAAAAAAUACUUCAUACACUUAGAAAAAUAUGUAUAGUAUAAAUAUGUUCUUUUUAAAUAUGUGUUUUUCUGUGUAUGUAUUUAUAUAUUAUUUAUGAACCACACUGUUUAUCUACUCUUGUGCUUCGUAUAAUGGAGUUUUACCUGGAGUUAUAACGAAGGAGUAAAAAGUAAAUACUAUAAAUGGCUUGUGUCCUCAAGGUGUUGGUAAACUAGUUGGGAAGAUGUGUCCACAAACUAAAGUGAAGAGCCUGUAUAGAAACAGUGUAGCAAAUAAAGAUUAAUGCAGUUAAAGAUAAAUAUCUGAUAAAGGGCUGAACUAACUCACAGUAGAGUUAUUGUUAAUUUCUUAGAGGUUAUGAGAUGAGUGUUGAACAGAAUUUAUUCAGAGGCUGAGGGGCCUGGAUUAGGUGUGGUAUUGAGGGGAAAGCAUUUCACUCAGAGAUAAUGGAUAAACAAAGACUGAAAAUAAAACCUAGUAAAUUCUUUGAGGGGCAUAGAUUAUUUAGGGUAGGGAGUGAGGUAAUUGAAGGUGAUGUGAUAAACUGAACAAAAUGUAAUAAAAAGCAAGUGCCCAUAAUGGAUCCAUACGGACGUGAGUUCAGCCACUUCAGGGACUUUGGAAAAAGUAUUUAAUCCCAGAACCUUGGUUUCCUGUUCUGUAAAAUAGCAGUCUUAAUUUGUGCCUUACAGAUAGAUUUGCACACAUGUAUAUAAAUGCUGUUAGCUGGGCAGAUAGUAGGCGCUCACUUCUUUAAAGAUUCACUCCAUCUUAUUCCUCAAACUGGAAUUGUGCACUUUCUUGGAGCCACUGUUUCCCUUUCAGCUCUGCCAAGUUGCACCUGGUUUUUCUCCAGUCUCCCAGUAUUUCCAGAACUGCCUUUUGUCUUGUCUUUUCUUCUUUCUUUCCUUCCUCUCCCCUUCCUUUCUCUGUCCUCCUUCUGCCUUUUCUUUUUGUGACUUUUCUUUUCCUCUCCCCCUUUUGCUUCCUUCCUGUUUUAGCACUCCAUAUUAAAUUGCUGUUUCAGGCUGUUGUGACAUCUCUAAUAUAAAAAUCCAUUCUUCUUUGAGACUUAAUUGUCUAUUAUCAUCCUUCCAUCUUUCUGACCUUCCUCAGUCUCCAUGGGUGUCACUCAUAACGGUUGCUGUUCCUCAGGACUCUGUCCUUGACCUGCAUUCUUUCUUACUGUAUUCAAGUAGUUCUCACGUAGAGGUAACUCUCUUCCCUUCUUCUGCCCAACUCCAGAGGCCAGAAAGACCAAAUGACACAUGGUGAAGAACUGAUCUCUCAAAUGCCAGUUUUAUCCCCUGCCCCACACACAACCCAAGUUGAGAAAUCUCUCCAUUAAUUUUCUGUGUGUUCUCUUAGUUUUAGCAAUUAUACAUGAAUGAUUCCCCAAGCUCAGACUUCUCUUCUGAGCCUAGUCAUCUUACCUGAGAAUUCCAGGCCCUGGAGCUCAGUGUAUUGAAUCUUAACUCUUAGUCUCCCCUUCAACUUCUCUCAGAAGAACCACUGAUCUUCCAGUUAUUCACAUUGGAAUACCGAAAGUUAUCCUAGCCUCCUCCUCGUCCCUGGCCUCCCCACGUUUAGUUGAUCACUAUGUCGUGUUCGUUUUUAUUUUCUAAGCAUCUCUCAUUACCCCUUCCUCUCCAAUUCUACAGCCUGCCGUCAUUCAAGAGCUUUAACAACAGCAAAUGACUGGCAUGCUUUUCCUUUCGUCUUUGCUUAGGAAACUUUCUCUAUGUUUCAUAAUCCUCCACAUGCAGUCUCUUUAUUAAAAUCGCCUUAAUAUUGAUAUCUGUGUCAUUUAUAUCUAGGAGAUGAGAUUUGACCACUUAGGAAAGUCAACAAGAGUGAUUAAAAAAAAUUUUUUUUUAAUUAGUUUUCUUUAUUUUUGAGAGGCAGAGAGAGGGCGCGUGUGGAGGAGGAGCAGAGAGAGAGGGAGACACAGAAUCCGAAGCAGGCUCCAGGCUCUGAGAGGGCAGCACAGAGCCUGAUGCGGGGCCCAAACUCAUGAACCGUGAGAUCAUGACCUGAGCCGAAGUCGGACGCUCAACUGACUGAGCCACCCAGGCACCCCACAACAAGAGUGAUUUAAACAAAAGGUUUAUUUUCCUCUCGUGUAAAAUAACUGUUGGAGGAGGCAGGCCAGGGGCUGUGUGGCAACCCCAACAUCUUUGUUGUCCCAGGCUGCUUCUGAUCCGUUCCUCCUCUUUUCUGGACAGGUAGAAGAAUUGCUGUGGGGGUUACUCAAAAGGGCGUAUUUUGCAAUUCAGUCAGCUCCUUUAAAGGAGCCUGGAAAUCUUACCUACUGAUUCCUGCUUAUCUUCUUGACUCCUUCUAGCUGCAAGGGAGGCUGAGAAAUGUUGCUUAACAGGGUACAUUGCGACCCUUGGAGUACAAUUGGGGUUCUAUCAGUAAGGAAGGAGGCUAUUGAGUAGGUAAUUAACAGUUUGGGCCUUACCUUACCCUCAACAGAAUCAUACUGACCUCUAAAUAUUGUUAUUCCCAUGGUUUUAUUAUUACUUGAAUUAAAUAAUUAUUUAUUUACCUUUUA